AUUACCUUCACAAAAAGGACGAAACAUAUCAAACUUCCAAAAAUGGGGAGGGAUAAUUGACACCUACUCGUUGACACUUAAUCCCUCCCACCAAUCAUUACGCCCCGCCUCUUAUCCUGCAUAAUGAAGUCAGUUGAACACACAUCAAACGUCAGAUCUAUUCAAUCCCACAAAGCCAGGUUGACUUUUUGUGGAGAUCCACAGUAGCUCAGAAUGACGUCCUACCUGGAGAAGAGCUUGAUCCCAACUAGAAAAAGUCAGGAUCUCACUUCAGAAUGAUCUGGUUUAAGGAAUAUUAAAAUGUCCGAAAGCCGUUAAUCUGAUUCAAGAAUUGAAAUCUCGGAAAGUAGGAGAAGAAGAACAGACCAAGCUGUACUGCGGCUUCUUUUGCAAUUCACGCGUGACUUUAGCACGUGACCAGAAUGCCUUUUGUCGCCAUUACGGGUCUCUGAGAAGCUGCCAAUAGAAUCAUAGAUCAUCCAGUCGGCAGUGCAUGACAAAAUAUGUAUUUGAAUGCAGAGAGUCUGUCCAAUUUCUGUGGCUUCUGGAUUCUCUCAAAGUAAUAGUAGUCGGUUGGUUAAUUUCUUUUGUUGAGCUAAGGAGGAACUUUUUUGGCGAAGUUUCUUAUCGAUGGAACAAUGUAGGAGAUUAUUACUGAUGUUAAUAAAUCAUAAAUAAUCCUCCCUUUUUGAUGAGAAAUGGCUGUUAGCCGGUAUGCAAAAUGGUCUUAUGGUACGUUGAUACUCGGAGACAUCGUAACUGGAUAUCUACAGCGUGUUUAAAAGUAUUUUUGAUGAAACUGAUAUGUGACACUAAACCUUUUCGGCACUCCAUUAUUUCUGCUUGUAACAUUCUUGUUGGUUGAUAGUGAACAUCCUGUGUUUCUCGUUAAGUUUAUUUUUUUUCAUGACAUCAUGGAAUUUGUUUAAAAAGAGCGUUUCUCAAGUAUCAACAUAAUAAGGCUUCAGAUUCCAUUUGGUCGAACGCUGUGUCAAAGAAAUAACUAUGUCACCUAUUUUCUAAUUGUAGUUUUAAAUUCAAAUAUUGCAAUUAAUGAUAUUUCAUCUGCAGUGAAAGGGGAAAACAAAACUCUGUGUUUUGAAUAAAGAAUUCAAUAUUUUGUUCAUAAAUUAUCUUGCAGACUCGACAGUUGCAUUCUAAAUUAUUCUUGGCUUCUUUAUGUAUUUUAAUUUAAAACAAUAAAUAAAAACCUUUUAAGAAACAGAAUCUGAAUAACUCGUUUUAUUAUAUUGAACAUUUCUAGAUAAAUAUCUGAACAAAAAUUAAAAAAAUAAAGCCACAAACUAAAGCAUUUAUGAAUGUUGUUUCUUUUGAACAUACUGGACUUUCUCGUCAUGAUUAUUUGAACUUUGUCAGCAUUUUUAUUAAAAAGCUGCUUGAAUUCGUCUAUAUGGUUUUAAAACGCUUAUGGAAUAUUAACGCCAAUUUAAAAGUGGUCUUUGAAUGCAAUAUUAUAGAAUUUUCUCCAUUUAAUGAAACGAAACAUUCACAUAAAAAACUGAAUCAUUUACCUUUUAAUUGUAACUGAUUUAGUAAGUCCGCGGAUUAAUUUGGUUGAUUAUUUAUGUUGAAUAUAUUGUGAUAGGGUGUUCUUCUCUUCAACAAAAGUGCAAUAUAAGUUUCGCCAUUUCACGAAACGUAAAUUUAUAUAAAGAACUACAUCAGUUACUUUUUAAUUUGUUAAAAACUUGUGUGAACUACUGUAGUACAAUUUAAACAAAUGAUAUAUAUAUUAGUUACCUUUUCUAAUAUAUCAGGAAUUUACAACUUUCAUCAAAACAAAAAAUUUGUGUCAAGAUCAGAAUCAGUAACAUUUUGAGGAGUAACAUUGAAAAUUGAUUCUAAGUGAAAGAUUAAUACAUUCUUCGUGAAUGACGCUGGGUGUAAACUAUCCUAAAACAGAGUGGGCAACAGGAACCACUAUGUUCCAGAACAUGUCGUCCAUUCAUAUGCCCGCGUACCAAGAUGGUUACUUGCACCAUCCCAGUUCAAUGUUCAUACCAAAUUCGCGACCAAUGGUGGCAUUUCAUCAAGGUGGUCAGUUACCAGGAACAAGCAAUCCUAAUACCUGGACAUCUUCUGGUGAUCAUCAUGGUGGUCGGAGCUCUGGAGUUCCCCUUUCUGACUCAUAUCAUCAUGCCCAAUUGUCUGCAGUUCGUUAUGGAUUUCAGGCUCCAUCUUUGUCAGGCUCCAUUGGCGGUGUGAACCGAGAUAGUACGUCCUACUUCCAGCGUAGCAAUGGAUUAAGUGCAUAUCAUUCAUACAUGGAGAAUGGGCAUUGGGGAAGCCUAGAAAAUGGGGCAGCCCUACAAUCUUCGCAGAGUCACCUAUCUAGAAGACAAGAAUUUGACCCAGGAGAUUAUCACCCAUUCAAUGAAGGUCGCGAAUGUGUGAAUUGUGGGGCCAUCUCAACACCAUUAUGGAGAAGAGAUGGAACUGGACAUUAUUUGUGCAAUGCUUGUGGCCUAUAUCAUCGAAUGAAUGGUGUCAAUAGGCCACUGAGUAAACCACAAAGACGGCUGCCAGCUACUCGUAGGAUGGGACUCUCCUGUUCAAAUUGCGGGACAACAACAACCACUCUAUGGCGACGAAAUAACCAUGGAGAACCUGUGUGCAAUGCCUGUGGUCUUUAUUACAAACUGCACAAUAUGAACAGACCUUUAGCGAUGAGAAAAGCUGGAAUACAGACUCGUAAAAGGAAACCAAAGAACACUAACAAAACUGCAUCAACUGUGAAACCAGAACAGUCUUCAUCCUCUGAUAUUAUUGAUCUUCAGAAAAAACAACCUUGCGACAACAACUCUCAAUCAUCUACAACGCCAUCCUUGCAAUCACCAUCCACAAGCCACAUACACAGCUCUCCGCCCCCAUCCAAUGAAGCACACGCAUCAACUUCGGGUACACAAGUGGCAGGAUCCGGUUGUCAUUCUGUCUUACCACAAACAUCCUCAUCGCAUCACAAAACGAUAUCUUCAUCGUGCACGCAGCACACAGCAAUGGAAAUGCAACAUGGAAGUUACGCAAAUUGCGUAGACAGUUCCUACCAACAUUCUUUCAGUUCUGCAACGUCGGAAUCUAGACCUUGUUAUAACGAUAUGAACAGAUAAUAUGUUUUUGUUUGUUUUGUUUUUUUUCACUUCAAAGGACACAAAUCUUACAUUUAUGUGAAAUGCACACAGUUGAAAGAUAAAUUCUCAGUUAGGCACGGAUUUUGAUGACAUUUGCAUUUUUUCUUCUUCGUUUGAGUCUCUUUUGCUCCAUUCUGGCAUUUUUUUAAAGAUUUUUAGGUCAUUUUUUCGUUGAGAGUUUGGGAUGCUAUUUUUAUUUUAGAUUUUACUUGAUAUUUUUAGGCAAUUUUAAAACUUUAGAGCAUUUUUAUUAAUCUUUAGAUGUACAGGCUCAUUCUUACAUAUUUCAAUGGAGUUUUACUUCUUAAUGCAAUACUUGCAAAUAUUUCUCUUAAAAAAUAGAAUAUGGUGAAUUGUGUCAGUUUUGUUUAGUUUUUUUUUAAAGCCUGAAGAAAUCGCAAGCUAUAUUGAUAAUAAUUAUUAUAUUGAAACUCUGAUCAAAAUUUUUAAUUACAGGCAAAUUUUUUAAAAUGUUUUUAGGGCAUAUUUUGCUAUUUUAAGCACAUUCUUUGUUAUUUUCAAAGGCAUAUUUAGGGAUUUUUUAGGGCAUCAAAAUCCGGGCUUUAAUUAUCAGUGAUGAUGAACUGUUUCGCUGACAUCAUUUCACAUGCCUACUACUUCAACGUGAUUAAUAUAAAUGCUACUUCGACAAAAUCACUUUGCUUACAACUGCGCCACCUACAUUUAUUUUAAGCAAUCCUAGAAGUUUCUUCCCAUUUUUAGAGAUUUCGUUUUGUGUUUAGUUCCUAAAUAGAAAAAUGAUAGAAUGUGUGGAAUUAUUUUGAAUAAAUUUUCCGAAGAAAAGUCACCUUUCAUUGCAGCAUGAAACUGGUUUCGAUAUUGAAGCAAUAUUUUCCCAUCGUUCAAAAUAUUGCACAACAUUAUCUGAAUCAGAAUAUAGUACAAUAUGUUGUUUUUGCAUAACUUUGAUUAGUACAAAAUGCAUGUUUGUAUUAUCAAAAUAUUCUACCAAGUUAUGCUGAUUUGUAUUGUUGUUUGGAAAAGUAUCAAGCUUUAAAAAUUUAUUCUCGAAAACGAUUUUUUCCCCUGUUUUUUCUAAAUGUUUAUCAGUAAAGUUUUUUCAUUUAUUAAUGGUUUUUUAUGACUGAAUUCCGUUGAAAUAAUGCUGCAACUUAUCUAACAGAAUUUUUUCAAUUUCUACAUGAAAUUCAACGUUAGAAUUGUGAUCAUCGCUGUUUCCUUAAUUAAGGUUUUGCAUUUCCUCAGAAAAAUUCAGUUUUUUAAAUGAAGCUUUUUUAAAAAAAAAAAAAAAAAACAAAUUUUGGGACUGAUAAAGUAACGUAUUUUAAAGGGGAAUUUUUUCGAUGAAAAAUUCCUGAAAUCCGAAAAAAAAAGAAGAAUUCGAUGAAAACUGACCCAUCUCAUUAAAAGUUUACGGAUAGAGUAGAACAAUCGAAUAUUUUUACAAUGUAUAUAAAAUCAAUAGAUUUGCAUUAGACGUAUUACCGAUUUAUUGAUUGGGUAAGACGAAAUAGGUAAAGUGGUCUGUCGGCAAAAGCAAUUACACUCGGUGUGUUGUAAAAAUUGUCGGUGUUCACAUCGGUGAUAUAAAGUUUGUGCAUAUUCGCGAGUGUCACACUGAAAUAUUUCAAGAGAUUUGUUUCGUUGCUUUUUUACGACAUGGCUUAGUGUUAUUCUGUGAUAAAAUUCAACGAAUUAGUAAUUUUAUUGUUGCGUCCUUAGAACUAAAGUGUAAAUCAAUUGCAUAUACUACACAUUUCAGCGCUGAUAAAAAAUAUGACAUCGUAAUGAAUGGACUGUAUUUAUACUUUAUAUUCCAAAUUGCUGUAUUUUGAUGAUGUUAUUAAUUUGUGUGUUAAUAAACAAUGAAUAAAAAUUAUCAUGUGUAGAUUGAAA